AUGUUUGCUCCACGCCUGGUGGCCUCGAGAGUGGCCCGUGCCAGUGCAUCUACAGCAGGCGUUCGUGGCUUCGCCGCCGCGGGCGACAAGUUUCCAGCCAUCGAGUUGGACUUUGGCUUCCCACCCACCAAGGUGAACAUGGCGGAGCGUCUCGCCGGGAAGAAGGCAGUGGUGGUGGGUGUGCCUGGGGCUUUCACCCCAACUUGCUCUGGCACUCAUGUCCCGGGAUAUCUUGCGAAACAAGCUGCGUUAAAGGCCAAGGGCGUUUCUGAAGUCAUCGUGUGCAGCGUGAACGAUGGAGCGGUGAUGGAGGGCUGGGCCAAAGACCAAAAAGUGGAAGGCUCCAUGAUCACCUUCCUUGGUGACACGCGCAUGGAGCUGACCAAAGCUUUGGACCUUGUCUUGGACGCCGAGAAGCCGAUGGAAGUGCUUGGAAACCCUCGCUGCAAACGCUUCGCUAUGGUCGUGGACAACGGCAUCAUCAAGGACGUAGUGGUGGCUGGUGGUGAUGUCAAGAUCAUGACCGAUGGGAAACUGCGAGCCCAACAGAUGUCCCGGCUCUUCCCAGAUGGGGACAGUGCCCCUUCAAGAGGUGCUGAGCCGGCUGAGCCUGCAGAGCUGUCGGAGCUCGAAGACGACAUGGUGCAGGAUAUGGCGGAUUACUUGGCGGAGUGCGGCAAUGGCCAGGACUAUGGAAAGUUCACGAAUCGAUUCCCCCGCGUCAAGAAGCGAAAGAUUGAAAGGCACUUUGACAUACUCACAGACGAAGGCGGCCGCCAGCGCGUGGUUUUGCCCCCCGACCACCCUCAGCGAGUCGAGGAGCCCCUGCCGGACUCGUUGGUAGGAGAGGCCGAGGCGAAGGAGGAGGAACGCCGAGAGGAUGACAUCCCGGAAGACGACCUCCCAGACGAAGCCGAAGAGUCUCGCCCCGAUGGGAUGAUGGUGGACCCGAACGAGCCUGCUAUACCACUGGGGCCUGGGGUGCAGCCGGUGGGCGUCAUCCGUGACUACGACACUGUCAAAGGCUUCGGCUUCAUCCGCUGCGAGCACAACCCGGAGGACAUCUUCUUCCCGAGGACGGCGCUGCCGAAAUCCUUUCAAGGCAGUGACGACAAGGAGAUGCCGGUGCUGAAGGGUGUGCAGGUGACCUUUGAGCUGAACGAGAGUAACAGCCGUGGCCCUCGCAGCGACUCGGUCACACUGCUGCUGAGGUGGCUGCAGCCCGACAGGUGCUGGCUCUUGAAGAGAGUGCUGCGAGUAAACCAGCUAGAUGCACGGCGUUUGGAUGGCGAGAUCACUUCCAUUCUAAGGCAGCAGCUGCUCGAAGCCACCACCGCGACGUCGCAGUGGUCACUGGAGCCUUUCGUCCCGGAGCUCGAUCUACUCCUUGGUGCAACGCUUUGGAGGUACACAGUGUGGAUUGACGAACCCACGCAUCUGCCUCAGAUUCCUAUAAGGGUUGCUGUCAGGAUCAUUGUAAAGGUUGGUAUAAAGGGUUGCCACAAGGGCUGCUAUGCUUCUAGUGGCUCUGCAUAG